CACUCAGUAAUAAUCAAUUUAAUUAUAUUUUACAAAGAAAACUAUUCAGUUUUAGUUCACUGUGAUAUUAAACUGAAAAUGCGUUAAAGAACAUGUUUAAAAAAUCAAUUAUUUUUAAUAUUUUUUGGAGCCAGCUCUCAUUGAGGUCGUAUGUUUUCUGUAGUCAGGGAUCAGGCCCGUCCUCUGAAAAUUUUUUGGAAAGCCUAUGACACAAGGAAACGGAUUUUACAAGUUUUGCAAAGGGAUUUUUGGUCAGUGUGCGUUGAAUUCUGGAUUGAGAAUCCUGCGUCUAUAAACUGUUCAAGUUUAGAGCUCCCAGAUAUACUCUGUGAGAAGGAUACAAGGUGGAGACUGGAGAAGAUUAAACAUGAAACCAAGACAAAGGGACUGUUCCACGUUUUCAAGAGCCUGGGGUCGAACAAUAAUAUGGUUUCUGCAACAUUCCGGCUUCAACAAUCUAAGAGGAACUUUACUUUAUACAACAUGGCAACCAACCUUUGGUUUCUAGUUGAUGAAUCAACAGGAGAGGAAACCUCUUUGCAAGGAAAGUUUGUUGAGAAGCUUGGACGAUUUCUGUAUUUUGAGGAGCAUGUUAAAGAUGAGUUUGAUCUGAAUUUAUCACUAGAGUUGACCUGCAUGAGAAGUUUUAACACUGAUGAUAACUGGGAUGAUGAUGGUUACUCUAGAUAUAAUCCUGAUUUUCUAAUAUAUGGACUUCCAAGCCUUGCUCUCACUAUAUGGGUUGUAUUUUGCAUCAAGCUCAGGAGAUGUCUCUGCUGCUGGAGUUGUGAAGAGAAAUCUGAAGGAACGUCUAUAACUGGAACAAAUCAAAGAUCAACAUCAGAUGUCGCACAAAGAACUCCGUCUGACCGGCCUUCUCCUCUACCUGAGUUUUCAUCCCUUAAUCAAUAUAAUUUUCCAUCCUCUGAUUACAGUCAAACUAGUCCUCCGCCCUCAUACUCGUCUUUACAGCACUCUUAUUCGCCCACAGGAGCAAACUACUCUAGUCCACCACCAUAUUCAACACCAAACUAUACUAGUUCUCCACCAGACUACACAACAUCACUUAACAACCAACAACAGCCUUUACAACUAUCCAGUAUUGCGGCUUCCAUUCCAAAUUAAGGAAAUAAAAAGAUUUCCAAAAUUGUAAGAAAGCUUUUAAUUCACUCUGUAUUUUAUCAAGGUUAACAUCGUACAAUCAGGGAGGGAGGAGAGCAGAGGAGGUUGAAUUUAUAGGACAGUUUAGGUCACAGAUUAUAAUCUUAACUAUAAUUUUUUAAUUAUUGAUCAAAUAAAAAAGUGUAUUUCAGAAUAAAUACUUUUGACAUUUAA